AUAUGCUAACUGUCGUUGACACAAAUCUUUUCUUCACAUUCCAUCCAUAAAUAUGGUAUAGGCUCCCUCCAAUUUACAUGGCCAACAAAAAUAAUAUCAAACUCUUUUUUAAAAAAUAUAUCUUCAAAAAGGUAACAAUGUACCAAGCACUUCCUUACAAGGCAUGGCACACAACAAAUUUAUUUCCUACACCAUCAUCCUUGAAUGAUCAUGCAAGUUUAUCUUUGUCGAAAUGGAUGGCGGUGAAGGGGGAGAGUAUAGACAUUAAGAGUCUAGUUGAUGAAAAUGCAGUGACAGUUUUUGGACGACGUGGGUGUUGCAUGAGCCAUGUUGUACGACGUUUGCUACUUGGCCUUGGAGUUAGUCCAGCUGUUUAUGAAAUUGAUGAGCAAGAUGAGCAACUCGUCGUAGAUGAGCUUAAAAAAGUGGGGUCCAACUGUGGUGGUAGUGAAAAACUGGUGAGUUUUCCGACGGUGUUUAUUGGUGGGCGGUGGUUUGGUGACUUGGAUAAGGUUAUGGCGGCUCAUAUUACUGGCGAGUUGACUCCAAUUCUUAAAGAUGCAGGGGCCUUAUGGCUUUGAAGUAUGAGCAAUUAAAUAAGAAGAAACUGCUUUUUUUUUUUGGGGGGGGGGGUUGUUUUUGUAUUUAUUGUAACUGAUUUCACCUAAACCCCAUAAAUAUAAUACAAAAUUUUUUAAAAAAAAAAACCGAUGUAUAUUAAUAUAGUGAAUGGCGGGAUUGGCGGUAACAAAUAAGAAAGAAUUUGUUACCAAAUUCUACCAAAUUCCUUCACGUGCUUCCUGGCAAAACUUGAGACACAUUAUUUUCUCUCUCUUCCUCAUACUCUACUUUCUCUCUCUUCUUCAUAUGGUACUUUCUCUCUCUUCUUCAUACUUUACUUUCUCUCUCUUUCAUUUUCAUCAUAUUUUCCCUUAAUCUUUGCGAUUUAAUUAGAUUUUCGGCUUAGAUUCCUUCUCUUAAGGUGAAGCGAGCUCUAACUCGAAGAAAGAGUCAUCGUCGUCGCUUUGCUCGGUGAGAUAGUCGGAAAUGGUAGAAUCGGCAAUGGUUUCAAUACUUUCAGCGUCGCUAGCGAUGGUUUCGGCGGCGACUUUUGAUUUGUUUGAGUGAUUGUACUGUUUUUUCAUGACUUGUUAAUUUUGUGUUUAUUUUUGUUGAUUUUGAUACUCUGUUUUGCAUAUGUAGUUUAAUUACUUUUGUGAAAAAAAUGGUCACUUUUGUGAAAAAAAAAAGGGUUACUUUUGUUGAAAAAAAAAGGGUUACUUUUGUUGAAAAAAUGUCACUUUUGUGAAUAAAAAAGGGUCACUUUUGUGAAAAAAAGGGGUCACUUUUGUAGAAGAAAAAGGGUCACUUCUAUACGAAAAAAGGGUCACUUCUUGCAAAAUGUUCGAUGUACAAUAAAAUCAUUGUAAACCGGGGGCAUGCAAAAGGGAUUGUAAAUAUAAUCAUAUUUAGAAUUUAAUAAUGAUUUAGUAGUAAUAAAACAUUUCUUCUCUAGUCUGAGAUAUGUUGCCUUAAGAUGAAAAGACAAAACUAUGGUGUUAAAUUAAGACAGUUUUUGAAGUUUUACUUGAUUAAAGUUCCUACAAUUUCCCACUUAAAGUUGAGUGUAGGAUAAGCUACAUAACAUGAGGUGUGUCACAGCCU